AAAUAAGAAAAAAUUGAUUUUGAUAUUAUUUUACAGUUUAUUGAAAAUGGAAGAAAUAAAAUUGCUAAUAACAGGGGCAAACAGUGGACUAGGAUUUGCUUCUAUAAUAAAAUUUAUAGAAUAUUAUUCUCCAGUAAAUCAGAUCGAUGAAUAUUUAACUGUUAUUAUUACAUGUCGAACUAAAAAAAAAGCAGAGGAUACAAUAUUUCGUUUAAGAAAGCAUGCUCCAUUACGCAAAUUAAAAUUGUUUUAUGAAUUACUAGAUCUUUCCGAAAUGGAAAGUGUGGAGGCUUUUUGUAAAAAUGUAUUAUUGAAAUAUAAAAAGUUGGAUAUUAUCGUUUUUAAUGCUGGUAUAGGUGGUUUUACUGGAAUUGAAUGGUUCAAUGCUCUUUGGGAUAUUUUUACAAAUUUUAUGAAUGCUAUAACAUAUCCAUCAUGGAAAAAACAAGGCAUUUAUGCUAAAUCUAAAAAUGAACUUGGUUUGGUUUUCCAAGUAAACUUAUUUUCAUAUGUUUAUAUAAAAGAGCGUCUUGCACCACUUCUUUUCCCUUCAUCGCGUCUCGUUUGGGUAUCCUCAUUAGAAUGCCAACCAUCUGCGUUUUCUGUUCUUGAUAUACAAUGUUUUUAUGGAAAAUUACCAUACGAAUCUUCGAAACGUUUAAUGGAUAUCUACCAUUUUGCUACUUAUGAAAAAUUACCUUAUAAUCAAUAUUUAUGUCAUCCUGGGAUUUGCCGAACAAAUAUUAUGUCAGAACACCUUAAUUUUUUUUCUACUUUCUUGAUGAUUAUUAUUUUUUAUAUAGCACGUUUGUUGGGAAGUCCUUGGCAUACUUGCACUCCUGCAAAUGGAGCAUAUUCUAUUAUUUAUUGUGCUACUAAAAAAAAGGUUCCUCGUGAUAUUAAAUGGGGUAGCGGUACUAACAGAUGGGGACGUUGUGUCUUGAGAGAAUCUGAUGUUAUUGCAUUUAAGGAAAACGAAAUGGAAAUAGCUGUUAAUUAUCUUCAUAAUUUGGUUAAAGAAUGGAAAGAUAAAUUUUUUGUAGAUUAGUUUAUUUAGAAAUUAUAUGUAUUUUACGUUAUUUUUAAUAUUAAUG